CCUUGAGUUUGCAGUUGUCUUCCCUGUUCCACUUCCUCAUAGCAAUUGACCUGAGACGUGGUGGACCGAUGGCGACUGGCCAAGAUGCUUCAAUGGAGGAGAUCCUCUGGCGAUCUCCCCCGCACGUCCAGAUGAUGGGAGGAUACCUCCAUUCAAACAACAUUCUGUUCUACUUCGCCGAGUCCCCGUUCUUCGAUGCGACGUCCAACAACGCCUCCCUGGCCAUCCAAGCCAACUACAAUGAAGCCUUCCGCCAUUUCGUGGAAACCCGGGAGGCCUUCGAAGCUCGACUGAAAACGAUGCAGGGGCUGGAGUUCAUAGUCGCGUAUGAUCCGCUGCAGGCGGCGGCACAGUCCGACACUCGCUUUGCUCACGAGCCGUCCAAUAUCUGGGUGAUUCGGAAGCAGACGCGGCAGAAGCGAGCUGGGCAGGAGGAUGAGGUCGCGGUGCUGUCUACCUAUUUUGUUGUUGGGGAUUGUAUCUAUAUGGCCCCAUCGGUUGCGAGCGUUGUGGGGAAUCGGAUUCUCUCUGCCGUCACGUCGUUGAGCAGUCUCCUGAAGACCGCAUCCUCUCUACCUACGUUCACCGCAUCGCAUGGAUACACCUAUAUGCCGUCCGCACCGAAACAGCUCGACACCGGUCAAGCGGGCGCUCAGUCCCAGCAAAGCAAGGAAAACACACCGAUGCCCGACUCCGACGCCGCCGCCAAAGGGCCGCUGCUGGGGUCGCAGAUGACCAAUACGGGAUCCGUCUUCCAGGAUACAAGGACACUUGCCGAAUCGUUCAAUCUCCUUUCUCGAUACGGAGAAGAAUUUAUGGAUGAGAGUCCAUUGGUCGGAGAACCAGGGUCAUUUAUCCUCUCCAGAUCUGGGGAUACAGAGCGAGGGCCUGGGACCAAACAGCUUGCGCCCCCGGGCGUGAUACCCAGGGUCGGGACACCGCAGCUCAGAGGCGAGACGCCGGGGAGGACCACCACCCCGGCUGCGUCCGACGAUGCCACAUUACGGAAGGGGAAGAGUAAAGCUGGGAAUUGAGUGUGCACUAAAGUUUCUAUGAUAC